CUCUCUGUGCUUAUAACGGAUAUUGCCCACAGUGACCCUGCAGCGAGGAUACACAUCAUCGCUCACUCCCAUGGGGGAAACGUGCUGCUCAAAGCGGCAGAGGUGUACAUGCGACGAUUAAGCAACCAGUCACCAGCUGACCUGCACCCAUUGGUGGAGCAAGAGUUUUGGGCGGCACACAGGCCCGGAUACGAUUUGAUUCGCAAGUGGAGGAGUCCGAAUCAAGUCAAAUCUCGCUGGUCUGGGUGGCGGCGGUGGUUGCCCACGCCCAUCGUGUUUCAAAGUCUCCACCCCAGCACGCGCAAGCAGAAGAGCCAGGAGCGCUACCCCUGGGGGCGCUACCGCUGGAUCGACUCGCUCCUCGGCCUCCCAGCCACCCGGCAGCGCCUCUUCCUCUCCCACCGCCUCGCCACCUCCCCCCUCUCCAACGCCCUGGGCUCUCUCGUGUUCCUGGGAACGCCGUUCUAUGUGAAGAAAUGGGACCGCGCAGGGGUGUUCCGGCUGGUGGUGGCGACGGUGGUGUCUGGUGCAGUGGUGUUUGGAGUGGUGCUGGGGUAUGUGGUGCUCUGGGAAGUGGUGGUGAUGGAGGCGGCGCAUUUGGAGGUGAACCGGCUGAUGCUGUGGCCUCUGGUGGUGGUGGCGAUUGUGGGGCUGUUUGGGGCCAUCAGUAUCGCCGUGCAAGCUUAUUUAUCUUUUGAGUCGUGGCACCAACCGGCCUACUACAACGGCAACAUCUACCACGCGCCCGGUUGCCACUGGUCGCCUGCCAUGUCAGCACUCGUGAUCCACGCUGGCAAGCUGGAUGAAGCCAGCCUGGCACUUUCCGUCGAGCCAAUUGCGCGCGCCUACGAUGCUACUGAGGAGGCUACUAUAGGGGAUGGAAGAGGAGCCUCAGGGCAUGAGAGCGAGAGGGGGGAUGGUGGUGUGGGUGAGAUGGUGGGAGGUGGAGAAGGGAAGGGGGUUGAGGUGGGGGGUGCAAGGGGCAUGGGGACGGUAAGGGGUGUUGGGGCGGCAAAGUGGAAGAGAGUGGGAGGCUGCAUAGAGGAGCCUGUUUGUGAUGAUUCUGUGGGGGCGGUGGGGGCAGUGGGUGGGUUCGACGGUGGUUCGGCGGGUGCUUCGGCGGGUGGUUUGACAGGUGGCUUGGGAGGCGCAAGGUGGAAAAGAGUGGGAGGCUGCAUAGAGGCGCCUGUAUGUGAUGAUUCUGUUGGGGCGGUCGGUGGUUCGGUCAGUGGUUCGGUGGGCGGUUCGGUGGGUGCUUCGGCGGGUGACAUCGGUGCUUCGUCGCUUGCAGUUUCAUCUGCGGUUGAAGCGGACGAGGAGGAGGUGGACUUUCUCCUGGAAGAGCAGGAGGGCAAGGAAGACUGCGGUAAUGAGAACGAUGAAGAGGCGGGAGAGAAGAGAGAGGAGCAGCAGCAGCAGCAGGAGCAGCAGCAGCAGCAGGAGCAGCAGCAGCAGCAGCAGCAGCGGCAGCAGAUGGAGGGGAGUGGAGAGCAGCAGCAGUUGCUGUACGAGUUUCUGUGGGAAGACAGCAAGCUCGAAGAGGCAGCAGCAGCAUCAGGCACAUACCAGCUGCUACGAUCGGAGAUGAGGCGAAUGAAGAAGAACCCGCGGCUCUCCGACAGAGAGUUUGUGCGCCAGAUCAAGCAACUGUGCGUCAUGAUAGAGGAGCAUAUCGGAGAGCUGACAGGACGCUUUGACCUGAAUCACGGCGCAUACUUCCGAGACCCGCGCAUCCUCGCUGUCAUCUCGCACUUCCUACAACACCGGUCGCUUCCCGAUUGGUCCAAAUCCCUUGAUGUGGAUUUGCUGCGCGUGCAGUCGCUAACUGAGCUCGCACAAACAGCCUCAGGGCAAGGAACGGGCAGGGGGGGAGAUGGGGACGGGGAAGGCACAGGGGAUAUGGGGUGUGGGUCUGGUGGGGAAGGUAUGGCAGGUGUGGCUAGUGUGGCACGCAUAGGAGAGGAGGCAGAAGGGGAGUUGGAGGAGUUAUCAAGGCUGGGUCUAUCGAAGCUGGGGAUAUCAAGCUCUGGGGGUGGUGCAAGUAGCAGUCGGACUCCCAGCAUGGUGGGGUUCCGAGGGAAGCGGAGCAAGAGUGAGAAGAGGAGGAGCAAGAGAGAAGGGAAGAGGUCCUGGUCCGGCAACAACACUGGUCAUCCCGACAUGUUCUCAUCCAGCCCAGCCAAGUCAUGUCCUCCUUACUAA